AAAAGGGGGAGGGUGGCUUUCCUGGUAACUUUCUUUAUGAGUAACCGUUGUGAUAGGCUUGAGGCCAUGGGACAAAUGGGCAGAGCUUAUCUCCAAGUAGCUUCGAGGGAGGCGAGUGGCGAGAGUAUGGCGUAAAAUCAAAGCUUGGAAACCGUGGGAUUAUGUGGGUAUGUGGGCUCCAGAGUCCACGCAGUGACACUGUUGUCUGUCUUUUGUAUGUGCUUUUUGCAUGGAUUCGCCCACCAGCACCACUCUCUCUCCCACAAACCUUUUCUCUCUCUUCGUUUCUCAUCGAUUCUCUAAAUAUUUUCGCAUGAGCCUUCUCUGAAAUCCAAGUUUCCGUACUGUACAGCUUCGAUUUUGACUCUUCUUCCCAGGAAAAAGCUUCUUCCCUGAUUACAUAACAAGAGGGAUUCCUAGCAGCAAGUUUGUCAAGAGAUGGGCAUCACAAACUCUAAAAUAGAAGAAGAUAAGGCUCUGCAGAUGUGUCGUGAAAGGAAGAAGUUUGUUAGGCAAGCACUUGAUGGCAGGUGUGCUCUAGCAGCUGCUCAUGUUGAUUAUAUUCAGUCACUCGAAGCUAUAGGAAUUGCUCUUAGGAGGUUUGUUGAGCCUGAAGCUCCAAAUGAAUCUUCCUUAUACACUUCCACUAGUGCCACACCAGAGCCACUUGCUUUGACUGAGAAGUCCCUUUCCCAGUUCUCAUUCUCAUCCCCAUCUCUAUCUCAACGUGUAGAUGCAACUGAAGCCCUUUCUCCAACUCCUUCACCUCCUUAUUCUAGUCAUAUUCAGUUAAACCAUAUGAAAAUCAGGGGCAGCUAUUCCAGAAAAGUAGAAGAAAAACCUUCUUUACCAGUCAUGGGGACAGUAACCUCCUCCAGUACCCCUCAAAACACCACACCUCGUUCCACUGGAAGGCCUGAAAUGACACCAUUUGAAGCUUCUUCCCUGCCACCUAGUACUCCACCUUGGGAUUUCUUUCACCUUUUUCCUUCUGUUGAUAAUCAGUUUUCUUCUCAAGGAGGAGAACUGAACCAAGGUUUGGAUACUGCUGAUGAUAUAACUCAGCUUAGGAAAGAGGAGGGUAUUCCUGAACUAGAGGAUGAAGAAGAUAAAGUUUCUUUUCAUGGGGAGGAAGAAUCUCAGGACUCAGAAGACGAAUUUGAUGAGCCUUCCACAGAUACUCUAGUCCGAAGUUUUGAAAAUCUUAAUAGGGUACCAGAUCAUGUUGCAGCUAGUUCUUCACCUACUAUGCCUUCAACAGGAAGUGUAGCUUCAGAAACUGGGUAUUUGAAUGGAGAGAAAAGCAACUCUCCCGGUUUAUCACCAUUGAGAAGCACAUCCUCAGCAGUUGCACUUCAUUCUGAUGUAAGGAGCACACCUGUAAAAGAAAAUGGUAUUGAAAAUAAGGUUGCCCCAAAGGACUUCUUUUCAAGCAUAAGAGACAUAGAAUAUCUCUUUGUUAAAGCUUCUGAAUCUGGAAAAGAAGUUCCAAGGAUGCUUGAAGCGAAUAAAUUUCACUUUCGUCCAAUAUUUCCGCAGAAAGACAGUGGGUCCGUAACAUCUACACUAUUCAAAGCUUGUUUCUCAUGUGGGGAAGACCCAACUAUCGUUCAAGAAGAGCCUGCUCAAGCUGCCAUGAAGUACUUAACUUGGCACAGGACAGCUUCAUCUCGUUCCUCCUCAUCCAGGAAUCCUCUUGGCUCAAAUUCAAAGGAUGAUAUUGAGGACCUUACCAGCAACCUCUUUGACAAUUUCUGCAUGACCUCAGGCAGUCAUGCUUCAACCUUGGAUAGACUAUUUGCAUGGGAGAGAAAGCUUUAUGACGAAGUCAAGGCUAGUGAGAUGAUCAGAAGGGAUUAUGACAUGAAGUGUAAAAUUCUAAGACAACUGGAAUCAAAGGGAGAAAGUACUAACAAGAUUGAUAAAACUCGGGCAGUUGUUAAGGAUCUACACUCAAGAAUCAGAGUUGCAAUUCACAGAAUUAAUUCAAUAUCGAAGAGAAUUGAGGAAUUAAGGGACACAGAGCUUGAGCCACAGCUAGAGGAGUUAAUUUCAGGGUUAAGUCGAAUGUGGGAGGGGAUGUUUGAAUGCCACAGGCUUCAGUAUCACAUCAUCUCAGUUGCAUAUAACAAUGGCACCACCAAAAUCUCUAUACAGUCAGAAUCACACCGGCAAUUCACCAUCCAUCUUGGAACUGUUCUCAGUUCCCUAUCUUCAAGUUUUGCGAAAUGGAUUGGUGCUCAAAAAUCCUAUUUGCAGGCUAUUAAUGAUUGGCUUGUCAAAUGUGUGCCGGUUGAAGAGAAAUCCUCAAAGAAAAAAAGGAGGCGGAAAUCAGAACACCCGUUGAGAGAUACUGGGCCACCCAUUUAUGCUGCAUGUGACGUCUGGUUGGACAUGCUAGACAAGUUACCUAAAAAGGAAGUCACAGAUUCCAUAAAGGGUCUAGCAGCUGAAACCAGCUUCUUCCUACCACGGCAAGAGAAGAGCCACGACAAGAGUAAGAACAAACCACAUUCAACAGACUCACAUCUUAAUAUACUGAGGGAUGAUGCUCCUCCAGUGGACUGGGUAUCGGGGUUUGAGCGUUUCCAAUCAAGCUUGGCGUGCUUUCUUGAGCAGUUGAAUAACUUUGCAGAAUCAUCGGUGAAGAUGUAUGGGCAUCUUGAGCAGACCAUUAAAGACUCUAGAGCUAGGUAUGAACGAUCUAUGUCCCAACCUAAUAACACUGUUGUUUAGCAGGCCAGAAGAAAUAAUUGGAGAAUUGAGGUGAUGAAGAUUUGUAUAUGAAGAUGAGAAUAAUAAAUAAAGAAAAAAGUGGGUAUUUAAUUGGAUGAGGAAAUAAAAGGGUGGUUGGGAGAAUUUGAAGGUGAUCAGAUUUCAGAAGCAGGGCUGUAUAGAGUUUUUGUGAACAUAAGAAACUGAGCUAGAAUUCUACUUCCCCUCUUGUUCAAUAUAAAUGCUUUCAGAGAUUGAGAUUA